AUCUGGCAUGACGUCAUUAAUGUGCGUCGCAUGUAUACAGUUAUAAAUGAACUCCUGAUUACAAUUUAUUUUAAAGCGUUAUGAUAGUGUGUCAUUUUAUAUUAAAGCGCGCUGGUUAAAGUGGUAAAUACGGACUAAAGAGAGGACGCUGAUUAUCGGAGAUAUCGCAUUGUUUGACUUUGUUUCUGAUCAUUUCUUGGCAGAUAUGUCGAAUAAGCCUUAUUCGAGGAUGUGAAACUAAGUUGUUGGAGUUAAAAAGUUACUUGGGGAACCAUUUAUCUCAAGGUUUCACUCUGGUUUAAUGUAGUAGGUAAAAGCUGUAUCUGAAUGAGAAAGGACGAGCAUGGAUAAAGAAGAAGAUUUGGAGAUACUUGGUGAAGAGCUGUACUCUCUGAUCUACCCCAAACACAGGGAGGAUGCUGCAAAACUCACAGGUAUGUUACUGGAGCUUCCAGCUGCCGUUUUGAGCCAGAUGCUGCAGGAUGAGGCCAUGCUGACUGCAGCUGUGGAGAAAGCUCUUAGAGCUCUGCAGUUAUCACCGAAGGCCAGUGAGGUGGCACAGAAAGAUGAGGAUGACGUGUCCCAGUCCUCCGACUCUCUCGGGGAGCAGCUGUUUGAGUUAGUGGAUGUUUACAACACUGGUCACUCACAGAAAAUCACAGCCUUGUGCACAGGAAUGCUUUUGGAGCAGCAGAGAGAUGCGGUUUUACAACUCUUGUCAGAUCCCAAACUGCUGGAGGAACACGUGAAUCUUGCCCUGAAGACGCUGAAAGAGCAGAACAUAGAGGAGACGGACCUCAGCGACGCUUCAGAAGCUGACGAGACAGACAGGCUGGGAGAGAAGCUCUUCUCAUUGGUUGAGCAGAUGGAUUCACUGCAUGCGAAUGACAUCACAGGUAUGCUCCUGGAGAUGGACGCCGCUUCUCUCCAACAGCUGCUUAGUGACCACACAAAGCUGCAGGUUGCAGUUCAGAAAGCACAGGCAGUGCUGGAUACUGAGAGCUAAGAUGGAUUUGAUAAACCCAGAUAAUGAAAACUAUGUAAUUUUAGCCUAAAAUGUGAGCUGGGUAUGAACGCAAGAUGACUGAGGAGUCUGAAAGACGUCAUUCUGCUGAAAUGAAGGCUUGUUUCUGAGUCCUCUGUUUGCAGUGUCGGCAUCUAAUGGAAGACAAAUCCGUUCUGCUUCACUUUGGUGCCGAAUCUUUACGGUUUUUCUUGAUAAAAUUGUUUACAUGAAUGCAUAAGAAUGAAUUUUCUUCUGUAGAGAACUCAGAAAUUUGGAUCAAGAUGCUGCUUUUCGUUUUGCAUUAUUGUAAAAAAAAAAAAAUGUUCAGCUGCUAGGAAAUAUAGCCGAUUUUCAAAUACAUUAAGGUUGCUUAUGUAGUAGUGACAUAACUGUCUCCAAAUACUGAUUAUAAAGAUAUUUAUCUUGACUGUUUCUAAGUCCUGUGUGCAGCUGUAGCAAACAAAGGGAGGAGGAAAAUGAAUGACUGAGCUAGUGUGGCUGGAUUUAUGUAAAUAUGUAAGGUUUGAUGUGCCGAUUUAUUUUUAAGUUUACAUUUUAAUAAUGUAGAAUAUGACUCACUAUCAAGGAAGGAGUGACGAUGGCUGUUUUGAGCUCAAAAUGGCCAUUAGUGACACAAAAUAGUAAUCUGCAUCCAUUUUCUUAAAGUAGCCAAUUAUGUUGGACCAAUCACAUUUCUUCAUCCUCCAAAAACAAAUUCUUUGGGAAAGGAGCGCACCAAGUGACUCAUUCAGAUUAGAGAGCUUUAAAUGGAAAAGGAGUUUUUAAAAAUACAAUAGUACUAAAGAAAGAUCUGUCUUUAUUCCUGACUGAAAACAGAUGUUAAAAUAUUAUAUAUCACGUGAGUUUGUGAUGAAAUUAUUGCUGUACUGAUUUCCAUAUUUUCAAAAUAAAUAGUUUAACACCCAAUCAAUGUUAUCAGUACAGUAUCUACAUGUUGGUAUUGAUUGUCAUUUUCUUCUAAAUUCAAAUAAAACUCUGCCACAUUUCAUUCACCUCACAGAGCUGACCUCGACUUUCUUUUCGCGGAAAUAAAGGACAGCCAAGUCAUUUCAAAAUGCCUUUUUUUAUGCAGUAAAUAAAACCGCUAGACAUCUCUAUCAAAGUGCUACAGAGCGCAAAAAUAACUAUUAUUAUUGCCAUUUGUUUCCAUUAUUUGUACUGAUGAUUCUCUGUCAAUGAUUUCACAGCAGAAAUUCUGAAACAACAGAGAACAGCGGCCUCUGCUGGUUAACAAUCCGAUUGACGUCUGCAGAAUGAACGACAGAGGAACAUGCGCAAACUAAAAUGACAACGUAUUUAAGAGUACGGCUAGCUCACGGUUCACAAUUUUAAAGAUUUAUUGGUAUGCAGAAGCAGGGGAUACAAACGAUUAGAUUGUGAUUGUAAUUUUUUCAAUCAAUAAUGCAUCUGGUCAAAGCCUAUUUGGAAAAAAACAAACAAACAAAAAAAAAUUGUUAAAUCUUCUCACACACGCACGCACACCUUUUAUGUCUACAUGUCAUAAAUACAAUCAAUCUGAUAUACAAAUAUUUGGAUAGAUUCAUUUUCUGCAAUAUUUAAAAUUCCUCUUGAAUUCUGGUUCCUGUUAGUUCAACAAACUUCCCUCCGUUUGAAGCCGUCAGCUCAGAACUUUGAGAUAACUGUGG